GUAUGACAAGCCGCCAAAAAAAAACACAAGAAGAAGAAUAAGAAGUAGGAAAACAGCGAUGCACUGGAGUUGGCGGGAGUUUAAGUAGAUUUGGAGCGAAAUCUAUCUAGGGAACGGAAUUAAGCUAAGGCAUGGAUGUUAAAAGAAGGAACGGCCAGAAGAUGGGAGGAGCUUCCCAGACCAAGCGGAGCAAAAUGGGUGCAGACUGGGAGGACAGCCCCUCUGUCUUCGAGGAGGAGCUAGCCAUGCUGGAUGAAGCAGAAAUGGAAGAGUCAAGAGAAGGACAGGCUGGACAUGAUGUCAUACCAGAUGGUGACCUCUUCUCUGCUGAUAUGAACCCCCGAUGGUGUCGCCCCCCCGCCCCCCCUCUAAACGUCCAGACUGACCGACUCACAUUCCAACAGAUAGACUUGGACUACUAUUUAGGCUCUACAGUGGUGGGGAUGCCUGGUCAGAGUCAGGGGCGCGUGCCCAUCAUCCGUAUGUUUGGAGUCACGGACGCCGGACACUCUGUAUGCUGUCACGUUCAUGGCUUCGCCCCAUACUUCUACACGCCUGCUCCCACCGGUUUCACCAGCUCUCACCUGAGUGACUUCCAGAAGGAGUUGAACUUUGCUGUAUUGAAGGAUAUGCGUUCCAACAAGGAGAACCUGUCUGUAACCGUUCUAGCUGUUGACAUCACCCGUAAAGAGAGCAUGUAUGGCUACCAUGGAAAUCGUCCUUUGGACUUCCUUCGCAUCACUAUGGCAACGCCUAGACUUAUUGCCCCAGCCAAAAGGCUGUUGGAACAGGGAUUCAAGUUUGGGCCUUUUUCCACGCAGAGCUAUGCCUCCUAUGAGGCCAACAUAGACUUUGAGAUAAGAUUCAUGGUAGACUGUGAUGUGGUGGGCUGCUGCUGGAUUGAACUGCCUGCUGGGAAAUACAGAGUGAGGGAAGAAAAGGCCACAGGAGAGGCUGACUCCCACCACCCCGGCAAGGUGUCGCUGUGUCAAUACGAAGUGGACGUGGGGUGGACAGACCUGGUCAGCCACCCAGCCGAAGGGGAGUGGCAGAAGAUCGCUCCACUCAGGGUGUUGAGCUUUGACAUUGAGUGUGCUGGAAGGAAAGGCGUGUUCCCAGAAGCGGACGUGGAUCCUGUGAUCCAGAUCGCCUCAAUGGUUCAGCGGCAGGGGGAGAAGGAGCCUUUCAUACGAACCGUCUUCACCCUGCAGUCCUGCGCCAGCAUCGUGGGCUCCCAGCUCCUCUGCUUCUCCCAGGAGAGACAGCUGCUGCAGAAAUGGGCAGAGUUUGUAAGGACAGUUGACCCCGAUAUCAUCACUGGCUACAACAUCCAGAAUUUUGACCUUCCCUACCUACUGAACAGAGCAGCCGCACUAAAGGUGAAUUUGUUCCCCUACCUGGGCCGAGUGUGGGGUAUCAAGUCGGUGAUACGGGACUCCAGCUUCCAGAGCAAGCAGAUGGGUAGGAGGGAGAACAAGGCGGUCAAUAUGGAGGGCAGGGUUCAGUUUGAUCUUCUACAGGUGCUACUGAGGGACUACAAGCUGCGCUCCUACACCCUGAACGCAGUGAGCUUCCACUUCCUGCAGGAGCAGAAGGAGGAUGUGCAGCACUCCAUUAUCACUGACCUGCAGAACGGUAAUGAGCAGACCCGACGGCGUCUUGCGGUGUACUGCCUGAAGGACGCCUACCUCCCGCUGCGUCUCCUGCAGAAGCUCAUGUGUGUGAUUAACUACAUGGAGAUGGCCCGCGUCACCGGCGUGCCGCUCUCCUACCUGCUGUCCCGCGGCCAGCAGAUCAAGGUGGUCUCCCAGCUGCUCAGACAGGCAAUGAAGCAGGGACUAGUAAUGCCUGUGGUGAAGACGGAGGGUGGGGAAGACUACACAGGAGCCACAGUGAUCGAGCCUGAGAAGGGGUACUACAGCAUACCCAUUGCCACCCUGGACUUCUCCUCACUGUACCCCUCCAUCAUGAUGGCCCACAAUCUCUGCUAUACCACUCUACUCCAGAAGGGGGCGGCAGAACGACUGGGCCUCUCUGCUGAAGAUUUCAUCAAGACGCCCACUGGGGACUACUUUGUGAAGAGCUCUGUGAAGAAGGGGCUCCUGCCAGAAAUCCUGGAGAACCUGCUCUCUGCCAGGAAGAGGGCAAAGGCAGAACUAAAAAAGGAAAGUGACCCUUUUAAAAAGCAGGUUUUGGAUGGGCGACAGCUGGCCCUGAAGAUUAGCGCUAACUCGGUCUAUGGCUUCACUGGGGCCCAGGUUGGCAAGCUGCCCUGCCUGGAGAUCUCACAGAGUGUAACCGGUUUUGGCAGACAGAUGAUCGAACGAACCAAAACGCUCGUGGAAUCCAAAUAUACCAUUUGCAACGGAUACCAAGCCGAUUCCAAGGUGAUCUAUGGGGACACGGACUCUGUGAUGGUGAAGCUUGGUGUCUCCACAGUAAAGGAGGCAAUGGAGCUGGGGAGGGAAGCAGCCGAAUAUGUCUCCAGUCAUUUCACCCCACCCAUCAAACUAGAGUUUGAGAAGGUUUAUUACCCGUAUCUACUGAUCAACAAGAAGCGCUAUGCUGGCUUGUAUUUCUCCUCCAGUGCUGACACUCAUGAAAAGAUGGACUGCAAAGGCAUUGAGACUGUGCGCAGAGACAACUGCCCCCUAGUGGCUAAUCUCAUCAACACCUGUCUUCAGAAAACUUUGAUUGACAGAGACCCCCAGGGAGCGGUGGAGCAUGCUAAGGAGGUGAUCUCGGACCUGCUGUGUAACCGAAUCGACAUCUCCCAGCUGGUCAUCACCAAAGAGCUCACCAGGUCUGCCCAGGAGUAUGCUGGGAAGCAGGCUCAUGUGGAGCUUGCUGAGAGAAUGAGAAAGAGGGAUGCAGGUAGUGCCCCCAAUUUGGGGGACAGAGUGCCUUAUGUCAUCAUCAAAGCAGCCAAGGGUGUAGCAGCUUAUAUGAAAUCUGAGGACCCAAUCUAUGUGCUGGAGAACAACAUCCCCAUAGACACACAGUACUACCUGGAACAGCAGCUCUCCAAGCCUCUGUUGAGAAUCUUUGAGCCCAUCCUGGGAGAGAGCAAAGCUGAGAGUGUGCUGCUGAAGGGAGACCACACUCGCUGCAAGACCGUGCUGACCUCCAGGGUGGGUGGUCUCAUGGCCUUUGCCCAGAAGAGAAGCACCUGCAUUGGGUGUAAGGCGGUGCUCAAAACUGAUGCUGCUGUCUGUGACUUCUGCAAGAAAAGGGAGUCUGAGUUGUACCAGAAAGAGAUCUCCCACAUGAGUGCUCUGGAGGAGAGGUUCUCUCGACUCUGGACACAAUGUCAGCGCUGCCAGGGAUCCUUGCACGAAGACGUCCUCUGCACUAGCCGAGAUUGUCCAAUCUUCUACAUGAGGAAAAAAGUACAGAAAGAUCUGGACGACCAAGAGAAACUUGUGUCGCGGUUUGACAUUUGAGGUGUAAGAGGAGACAAUGGACUGAUACAGGAAUAUGAGAUAAUAAAAAUGCUGACAAGUCACAAAUUGCUAAUGUAACAUGUAUUUACUUCCCUUAUAUUUGGUAUAAAUAAAAUGUGUCCUUUUGUUAAAAAA